AUGCCCCGAAAAGCUGUCAAGUCUUCGGCUGCGAAGCCAUCAUCGAGUCAAAAGGCCGGUGGCAAGCGCAAACGAUCCGUCUCUGCAGAUUCUUCCAAGCCAGUACCAGGACUUGGCCCGAACAAACGAAUUACUCGGUCUGUCACCCGCCGGCUCCAGCAGGAGAUGGCCGAUAAGAUGGUGGCGCAGAAUGUCCCGUCCCCGGACCCUGUUCAGGCCGAAGAGGGCCAUCUCCCGUCCCCGGACCCUGUUCAGGCCGAAGAGACCCAGCCGAAAGAAGCCAGCGGUGGCUAUGUCAAGUCCAGAUUCAUUUUUAGAGGUCCUGCGGAAUCUCCCCCCGAUGACUACUUCAACGCGACGGAGAAUGACGAAGAGAACCAGCGCUGGCGAGGGAAUUGGUUGAAUGGCAAACUUUGGGAGGGUGACUUCAUCCACAUAGCCUGGGGCCACGCCGACCACUAUAUCGGGAUAUUGGCACACCGCUUGGCGGCAUUGAGCAUGGGCUGGGAGGCACUCAAGCCGGCAGACCAGAAGUACCUCAGCAGCUGGGCCGCCAACGCCAAGGGACACAUGGACAAGCUCACAGGAAACAAGGAGCUACUGGAGGCCUGGAUAUGGCACAUCCUCUGGGACAGGCUCUUCUCUCCCGAAUGUGAUGAUAAGUGGCACGGCGAACAGUGGGCAGCAUAUGGCAAAAUCUGUAGUUAUUUGAGAGGACGCACAACACGUAUCGACAAUAGCUUCACUAGGUGCUUUCACAACUGGAGGUGGUCUACAACGCACAUGCUCUCGGCGAUGCACGGCAGCCAUGUGGACCCAGCCUGGCUGUGUACCAUCCUUCGGGGUGAGCUGUCUGGGCUUUUCAAAUACUCUGACCCUGACCGAUUCGACGAAGACCUGCUCAAUGCAGCGGAGGCUGCCAUCCGUCUCGACAAGUAUAUCCAGGGGUGCAAGCACGAUAUAACACUGUUCAUGGCACACCCGGAGACGGGCACAAGCUUUGGCUUUCGGUGCGACGCGCGCGGAUCCAAGCUGAUGCAAACCUGGGAGCAGGAGCAGGACCCGAGAGAUAGGGCGUAUGAUGACCCGGCUGGUUCGCUUGUCGACUUCAUCCAACGCCCGGGAGUAAAGACUUACGGUAAACAGGAGGUUUGCCCAGUGCCUCUGUGGGUCAAGUCGCACGAAGAAGAAGUAUAUGUUGGCGCCUACGACCAGGUGGGGGCUCUACAGAUCCCGAUGCGAGCAGUGGCGGCAGUGUCAGUGGCGGCGACGACACGAAAACCGUGUUCCGGGAGCAGGGUGUGGUUGAGGAGGGAAGAGGAGGAAGAGGAUCAGGAAGAGCAGGAGGAGGAGAACAAGAAGAAGAAGGAUAAGAAGGAGACGGGCAAGGAGAUGAAGAAGAGGAUGACGACAAAGAGAUGA